AUGCCUCGUCUUGGAGAGGGAGAAAAGUCGAUAGUUCGCAAUGUUUACGCCUUCUUUCAGUUGGAGAAGUCAGGUGGUCGUCGUGAUCGUGGUGUUGCGAAAUCACUGGCCGUCCGAACAGCCAUGGCGUGCAAGAUUACAACGUCGACUGUCAACAAUCUUCGUCGAGUAUCUGGUACGAAGCAGGGUAAAGCUACGAAGCGUGGCCGCCCUAAAGUUGUUGUGGACGAGUUCACGAGGAGCGUCAUCCGGGGGAAAGUCCAUGGAUUCUACUCCAGGCGCGAUCACCCCACUGUGGACAAAGUGUUUGCUCUGUGCAAGGAAGACGAAGACUUUCCAAAAAUGUCACGGACGACAUUCUGGAGAGUUCUGAAGUCGAUUGGCUUUCACUAUGUGCAGACGAAGGGGAACACUCAGAUAAUGAUGGAGCGGACUGAUAUUGUUGCUUGGCGUCAUCGCUUCCUGCGUCGGAUCAGGGAAAUUCGUCGGGAAGGCAGACCAAUUGUUUACCUGGAUGAAACCUGGAUCAAUGCCCAUCAUACUGUUUCUAGGAAAUGGUAUCUGAAAGGUGCAGGAGGUGACAAGCAACCCCAUGAAGCUCCGUCUGGGAAGGGCAAGCGUCUCAUAAUCUUGCACGCUGGUUGGAAAGGUGGCUUUCUACCAGGGUGUGAGUUGGUGUUUGUGGGAAACACCAAGUCUCAUGAUUAUCAUGAUGAGAUGAACGCGAAGCACUUCGAAGAGUGGUGGACGCAGAAGCUACUGCCUUCGAUUCAACAACAUCUACCGGCAGGUGCGGUCAUUGUCAUGGACAAUGCACCGUACCAUACGGCGAAGACGCAGGCAUCCAAGUGCCCCACCACAUCGUCGCGGAAAGCGGAGAUCCAAGAGUGGUUGAGCCAGCGUGCUAUCCAUUGGACUCCGGACAUGGUGAAGAAGGAGCUUCUUGAUUUAGUUAAGUUGAAUAAGCCUAGUCCUAAAUAUGUGUGCGAUGAGGAAGCUGAAAAGCAAGGGAUUGAAGUCCUUCGCCUUCCUCCUUAUCAUUGCAUUUUCAAUCCUAUUGAGUUGGUAUGGGCUCGGCUUAAGGCGAAAGUAGCCAAUAUCAACACUACGUACAAGAUAGGUGACGUACAGGAGCAUGUUCAUAGUGUGUUUGCAAGUCUGAAACCUGAAUUGUGGUCGGGUUGUUGUACACAUUGCGACAAACUUGUUGAUCAAGCAUGGGUUAAUGACGGUUUGCAAGAUGAGAUGAUAGAUCAGAUCAUCAUUGAACUAGGUGAUAGUGACGAUAGUGAUGACGACGACGGUGAUGACGACGAAGACCUUGUCCAUGAAGAUAACGACGAUGAUGAUGAUGCUAAUGAUGAUGCAGGUAAUUAAAUUUUGUGGUUCUUUUUCCUGUUCUGUGCUUGAGUUUUUGUGAUUUUACAGGUAUUCAUCCCAAGUGGUGAUGGGUUUUCACCACAAUUCAACCGGCGGUCCUGAGGUCCCUUGCGUGAGGAACUCCCGCCAUUUUCCUAAUCGACAUUCCAAUCACCUCUAUCUUCUGGAAGGACGCUCUCUCUACUCACUGUCAAUCCCUUAUUACAAAGGAUAUCAGUGUGGACAGUGGCAUAUACCGUAAAACAGCAUACAUCUUACGACACUUCUUUCUUGCAAUAUGAUGAUUUCUUUUGACCUUUAUGACAACCCCAUUUCAUUAUUGUUAUUACUAUUGCCAUGUCUUAUUGUUCUACUAUCAAUGUAUGCGUGCCCUUAUAC